AUGGCGUCUUCUCUCGAUAUUCAAACUAAGUACAAGCUCAAUUCGGGAUAUGAGAUCCCGGUACUAGGAUAUGGUGUUUACCAAACCCCUGCCGACAUAACGGAGGAAGUGACCAAGAAGGCCUUCAAAAUUGGUUAUCGUCACGUGGACUCUGCCCAAGCGUACCGUAACGAGAAGCCAUGCGGUCAAGCGAUCAAGGAUUCAGGACUUCAUCGCUCGGAGAUUUUCUUUACUACGAAGAUAUCAAGGCAACAGAUGGGAUAUGAAAAGGCAAAAGCGUCGAUCGAUGCCAGUCUCAAGGAGGCUGAUGUUGAUUACUUUGACCUAAUUCUCAUCCAUGCACCAUACGGUGGGAAGGAAGCCCGCCAGGGUACUUGGCGAGCCCUUGUCGAGGCCCAGAAAGAAGGCAAAACGCGCUCGAUCGGAGUGUCCAACUAUGGCGUUCACCAUCUAGAUGAACUUGAGGAGUACAUCAACAGUGGCGCAGGAGGCAAGAUCGAUGUCGGACAAUAUGAACUUCAUCCCUGGCUUCCUAGACCCGACAUUGUCAGCUGGCUCCAGAAACGGAACGUUGUCGUGGAAGCGUACAGUCCUUUAACCCGAGCACAGCGUCUGGAGGAACCAGUUCUACUGGAGCUAAGCAAGAAAUACAACAAGACGCCCGGUCAAAUCCUCCUCCGCUGGAGUCUGCAGAAGGGUUUUGUUCCCCUUCCGAAAUCUGUCACCCCUUCCAGAAUCGAGGAGAACGCCAACAUUUUCGACUUCCAGCUCACAGUGGACGACAUGAAGGCCCUUCACACGAAUGAGUACUCGCCAACUACCUGGGAUCCGACUGUGGACAGGAGCUAG